UUCUUCUAAACGAUAUGUCAACAACACCGUUCGUUUUGGUCGCAUAUUUUAUUUAAUGUUCCUAAGUGACUGUUGACGCCUCGUUCAAAACACGAUAAGCGUAAAAUGAUUACCUUGAUUUGCAUUCAUUUUGUGUGUGUCAAGCCCGCAGUCGUUUUGUGGAGGUGAGUGUGUUUCGGCUGCAGAAUGAUCUCGCAGGUCUUCAUCUUGUCAUCCAAAGGCGACCGCCUCGUCUAUAAAGAUUUCCGAGGAGAGAUCGGGAGUGAUGCCGUCGGCCUUUUUUAUGACAAAGUGACAGCAUUGACUGGAGACCAACCUCCUGUUGUCAUGACGCACAGAAACAUCCACUUCGUGCACGUGUGGCAGGGAGGACUGUACCUGGUCGCCACCACCACCGCAGCAGACUCCUCUCCCUUCGCCGUCAUCGAUUUCCUCAACAGGUUGGCUGCUCUCAUCAAAGAUUACUGUGGCGCUCUGUCGGAGAAGACGGUGCAGAUGAACUUCGCGCUCAUCUACGAACUUCUGGAUGAAAUGCUGGAUUACGGCUAUGUGCAGUCCACAUCCUGUGACGUCCUGAAGAACUUCAUCCAGACGGAGGCGCAGUCGUCACGACCCUUCAGCUUGUUGGACCUCGCCAAUGUGGGGCUGUUUGGAGCCGACACGCAGCAGAGCAAAGUGGCACCCAGUUCUGCUGCCACCAGGCCUUUGCAGGGAGGGAAAAGCGAGAUCUUUGUGGAUAUCGUAGAAAGGAUGUCUGUCAUAAUGAGCUCCAAUGGCAUGUCGAUGAAGGCGGAGGUGGAGGGCGAGGUCAAGGUCAAGUGUUUCCUACCUGGCUGCUCGGAGAUUCGCAUCGGCCUCAACGAGGACCUCAGCGUGGGCAGCUCGCAUCUUGCAGGUUACGGCGGGGCGGUCCGCGUGGACGAGUGCGCCUUCCACCCGGCGGUCCGACUGGACGACUUUGAGGCCCACCGCAUCCUACGACUCAGCCCCAGCCAGGGAGAGCAAAGCGUCAUGCAGUACCGACUGGCCGACCGUCUGCCCUUAGCCCCGCCCUUCCGACUCUUUCCCACCAUUGAGAAAGACAACGCAGGAAGGCUGCUGAUGUUCUUCAAGCUACGCUGCAACUUGCCACCCAAAAGGUCAAACACAAAUACACAAAAACACGUUGCUUGUUGUGAUGACAUCACUGGGUUGUGUGCGUGCAGCUCGGCGGUCAACGUGAGCGCCAGCGUCCGCGUACCCAAAGGCUGCAUCAGUUUGUCGCAGGAGCUCAGCAGUCCCGAUCAGAGCGCCGAGCUGCAGCCGCACAAACGAGCCGUCAUCUGGAAGAUUCCGCGCUUUCCCGGGGGGACGCAGCUGUCGGCCAGCUUCAAGCUGGACAUUCCCGGCCUAAGCUCCGCCUCCACAAUGGAGGUCGGUCCGGUGGGUAUGACCUUCGAGCUGCCCAAAGUGACAGCCAGCGGCCUCCACGUGCGCUUCCUGCGGCUAGCGCCCGCGCAACAUCGCGGACCCGCCCAGCGCUGGGUGCGCUACGUCACGCACUCUGACUCGUACGCCAUCCGCAUCUGAGGUGAAGGCAGCGGGCGGAACCCUUUCUGCGAAGACAUCCCUUUUUUUUUUUUAAUUCAUCAUAUUGCAUAGGAUUUGUAUGUUGACUUUUUAAAAGCUAAUAAAAAUACGCUACACCAUG